CCCUCCUUCAUUCAACUCUUUUCUGUUUUCUCUCUCCUUUCUAACCAACUUAACCAAAUCUCCCACGAAAAACACUCCUCACUUUCAAUAUCUCAAAAGCUUCGGAUCAUUCACUUGUUUUUGUGUUUUUUUUAUUAUAUAUAUAUAUAUAUUUGUUUUAAGGAAAUAUAUAUGUAUAUAUAAUAUUCGUAGUUAUCUGCAAGAUAAAGGUACGGUUCAAACCCUAGAAAUUUAAAUUGAUUAUAAUUGUAGUCGUUGUGCUGUUGGCAGAAUUAUUGUUUGAUUAUGGAAUGUGAGUAAGUGUUUGGUUUGAAUUAAUCUGGAAAUUAUAGAUUAUGUGAUUUAUUGAUGCAUUGCAUGAAGAAAUGGGAAAAGGUAGACCUAGGGCAGUUGAAAGAGGAGGGGGAUUAGGGCAAGUAUCGGCGUCGUGUUCGACGGAUGGGGUAAUGAAUAUAACCCCUGCACCUGUUUAUUACCCAACUGAGGAGGAGUUCAAGGACCCUUUGGAAUUUAUAUAUAAAAUUAGGCCUGAUGCUGAACCUUUUGGGAUUUGUAAGAUUGUUCCACCCAAGAAUUGGAAACCCCCUUUUGCUUUGGAUUUGAAUUCUUUUUCUUUCCCUACAAAGACCCAGGCCAUUCAUCAGUUGCAGGCGAGGCCUGCGUCGUGUGAUUCCAAGACGUUUGAGUUGGAAUACAAUAGAUUCCUUGAGGCGCAUUGUGGUGGCCGCAAGUCUAGGAGAAAGGUUGUUUUUGAAGGGGAGGAGUUAGAUUUGUGUAAGUUGUUUAAUGCUGCCAAGCGGUUUGGUGGGUAUGAUAAGGUUGCUAAGGAGAAGAAAUGGGGAGAUGUUUUUAGGUUUGUGCGGCCUAGAAGCAAGAUCUCUGAGUGUGCCAAGCAUGUUCUGGGUCAAUUGUACCUGGAAAAUUUAUAUGAUUAUGAGGAGUAUUACAAUGAGUUGAAUAAUGGCAAAUCUAAAGGUUGUAAGCGAGGGAUGCAUAACGAUGAUAAUAGAAGGGAUCAAAAGAAGAGACAGAAGAAUGAUAGUGGGGAUGCUGUCAAAGUCGCCAAACCACAGAAGCAAGAGGAGCAUGAUCAAAUAUGCGAACAAUGUAAAAGUGGUUUGCAUGGGGAGGUCAUGCUACUAUGUGAUAGAUGUAAUAAAGGGUGGCACAUUUAUUGUCUAUCACCUCCUUUGGAGACAAUACCUCCUGGCAAUUGGUAUUGUCUUGAAUGCCUGAAUUCUGAUAAAGAUAGUUUUGGUUUUGUCCCUGGAAAAUGCUUAUCGUUGGAAGCUUUUAGAAAGGUAGCUGAUCGGACCAGAAAAAAAUGGUUUGGAUCUGCAUCAUGCUCACGCAUGCAACUAGAGAAAAAGUUUUGGGAUAUUGUACAGGGAUCAUUAGGUGAGGUUGAAGUCAUGUAUGGUAGCGAUCUGGAUACAUCUAUUUACGGAAGUGGAUUUCCUCGUUUAAAUGACAAAAAACCCGAAUCAGUUGAUGCGGAAGUGUGGAAUGAAUUCUGUAAUAGUCCUUGGAAUCUUAAUAACUUGCCAAAGUGGAGGGGCUCGAUGCUUCGGGCAGUUCAUCACAGUAUUGCUGGUGUUAUGGUGCCCUGGCUUUAUAUUGGCAUGCUUUUCUCUGCAUUCUGCUGGCAUUUUGAAGACCACUGCUUCUACUCAAUGAAUUAUCAUCACUGGGGAGAGCCUAAAUGCUGGUAUAGUGUUCCUGGUAGUGAAGCCUCUGCAUUUGAGAAGGUCAUGCGUAGCUGCUUGCCUGAUCUGUUUGAUGCUCAACCAGAUUUGCUCUUCCAGCUUGUCACAAUGUUGAACCCCUCUGUUUUACAAGAAAAUGGCGUUCCUGUCUAUAGUGUUCUGCAGGAGCCAGGAAACUUUGUGAUCACCUUUCCUAGAUCGUAUCAUGGAGGUUUUAAUCUUGGGUUGAACUGUGCUGAGGCUGUUAAUUUUGCUCCUGCUGAUUGGCUGCCUCAUGGAGGAUUUGGAUCAGAGCUCUAUAAGCUGUAUCAUAAGCCUGCUGUACUUUCUCACGAGGAGCUUCUGUGUGUGGCUGUUAAGAUAGGCUGUGAUGCCAAGGUAGCACCUUACAUGAAUAAAGAGUUGCUCAGGGUAUUUUCUAAUGAGAAGAUCUGGAGGGAGCAGCUUUGGAAAAAGGGCCUUAUCAAAACAUCUGUUAUGUCACCCAAGAAGCAUCCUGAUAAUGUAGGCAGUGAGGAGGAUCCCACUUGUAUAAUCUGCCAGCAGUAUUUGUAUCUUUCAGCUGUUGUUUGUCAUUGCAGACCAUCUACUUUUGUGUGCUUGGAGCACUGGGAACGCCUUUGUGAAUGUAAUCCUAAGAAACGACGCCUCUUAUAUCGCCACUCUAUUGCAGAAUUGGACGAGUUGUUAGGUAUGACAGAAAAUGUUAUUUCUGGUUCUACUUACAAUCCACAACGGAAGGAUCUGCCAGGGCGGAACACAUGCUAUACUGACUCAGGCUCUUUGACUAAAAAGGUGAAGGGUAAACAAUUUUCUCUUGCUCAACUUGCUGAAGAGUGGCUGUUGAACUCGUGUAAGAUAUUUCAUCUUCCAUUUUCCUCCAGUGCUUAUGCCAGUUCACUUAAGGAAGCGCAGCAGUUUCUUUGGGCUGGUCCCGAAAUGGAUCCGGUGCGGGAUGUGGUGAAGAAAUUGGUUCAAGCGAAGGACUGGGCAGAGGACAUAAGAAUGUCUCUCUCAGCUGUCGAGAGCUGGUCUAAGAAUGGAGAAAGUGAUAUGGAUAAAGUGCAUUUUGAACAUAUUAACAAAUUAUUGAAACAUGAUCCUGUGCCUUGUAAUGAGCCUGGAAGUUGCAAACUGAAGGAUUAUGCUGAAGCAGCUAGGAUGUUGGUUCAGGACAUUAACGAUGUUCUUUCAAAGCAUACACUUUCUAUGGCCGAGCUGGAAAAUUUACACAAACGAACUUCCAGCUUCCCUAUCUACGUUAAGGAAAGUGAAAGGUUGGCAGAAAAGGUUUCGUCUCUUAAGGUGUGGCUACAUAAUGUUAAAAAGUGUGUUCAAGAGACAUGUCCUGCUGCGAUUGAUAUUGAUUUCCUCCGACAGCUGAAAGCCGAGAUGUCAGAGCUUCAAUUGCAUGUACCGGAAAAUGAGAAACUUUUGGAGUUAAGUGGGAAAGCUGAACAGUGUCAGGCUCAGUGCAACGAAUUGCUGAAAGGUUCCAUAACUCUAGAGAAACUUGAGUUGCUUAUUAAAGAGUUUGGGGAACUUGUAGUCAGCAUUCCAGAGUUUAAACUGCUACAGCAAUAUCAUGUUGAUACUGUUUCAUGGAUUUCUCGUUUUAAUAAUGUAUUACUAAAGACUAAUGAACAAGAACAUGAAGAAAAUGUAGUAGAAGAAUUAAGACGCAUUCAAAAAGAUGGAUCUGGAUUGAGAGUUCAAGUUGAUGAGUUGGCUCUUGUUGAUGAUGAACUGAGCAAGGCAUGUUGCAGAGAAAACGCGCUGAAGGUCCGAAGAACUGAAGUUGAGAUAGAUUUUGUCAAGCAAGUGCUGUCUGAGGCUGCAGUAUUACAGAUUGAAAAGGAAGAACUGUUUGUUUGCCUUUCCGAAAUGCUUGCUGCUGCCAUGUCUUGGGAAGAAAGAACAAGAGAGAUUCUGGCAGUUGAGUCAAAGCUAGAGGACUUUGAGGAUGCUAUAAGGACCUCUAAGGAUAUAUCUGUGAUCCUACCUUCACUUCCAACUGUCAAAAACGCUGUAUCUGCAGCUAAUUCCUGGUUAGAGAGUUCGAAGCCAUUUUUACAGUCAUCUCUUCUAUCUACAUCUCCUUCAAAUGCUGUACUAUCGUUUGAGGAUCUGAAGGAGCAAGCUUCUUGCUUGAAGUUUCUGAAAGUGAAUUUAGCAGAAAAAUCGUUAAUUGAGACUGUUCUGAGGAAGUGUGAGGAAUGGAGAUGCUGUGCCUGCUCAUCUAUAAAGGAUGUUGAAGAAUUACUCAAUAGGAUGGGUUUUUUCGACAGACUCCAUAGCGAUGUUAUUUUGGACAUCGAGCAACUGAAAACCAAGGUUGAAAGUGUUGCCAAUGCUGGUCAUUUUCUGGGGUUUGACUUCCCUGAAAUUUCUGAACUCCACAAUGCUGCUUCAACUUUGAAAUGGUGCUCUAAGGUCGUCUCAUACUGCUUUAAAUCUCCUUCCCGUGAGGAUGUUAACAACUUGAUUAGAGAGAUGAAAGACCUUCCAACUGGAUAUGCUGGUGCUUUUGUUUAUACCUCUUUGAUUGAUGCAGUUUCUUGGCUCAAGAGGGCCUCUGAAAUACUAACAGCAUCAAGCACUGGAGGAAUAAGAAGAUUCCAUGUGACUGAUGCUGAAGAUAUCCUCACGAAAUCUCAGGAUAUGCUGGUCAACUUUGCAGCAGUAACUGUCCAACUUGAGCAUGCUAUAAGUAGACACAAGUUCUGGCAAGAAAAAGUGUGGGCGUUCUUCAGUGAUGAUACUAGUGAGCGGUCCUGGUCAUCGUUAUUACAACUUAAGGAGCUUGGAAAGGAUGCUUUUAACUGUGCAGAGCUAGACAUGAUCCUCUCCGAGUUUGAAACUGUACAAAAAUGGAAGCAACGAGGAGAGGAGGUGGUUGGGUAUUCAGUUGGGGAUGUGAUGACAUUGUUAAGUUCUCUUUUGAAGAUCAAGCAGUCGUUACAUAGAUCUUUAUAUAUCUAUGAGAAGUCAAGAGGCUGGAAAGUGAGAUAUUUUUGCAUUGGAUGCGCUAGUAACUGUGAUGAUCAAGAGUUCAUUACUUGUUCAACAUGUAAGGAUUGCUACCAUCUUAGAUGCUUGAUACCAAAGUCAGUUAUAAGUAACAACGUUGAAGAAUAUACCUGCCCGUAUUGUGUAUUAGUGGACAGUGGUUCAAUAUGUCGGAGUAGAGACAGCCCUCUGAGAUAUAAAGGAAAGCAGCCACAACUGGAGAGGCUUGUUGAACUGUCUUCUGAUGCUAAGAAAUUUACUACGAGGCUUGAAGAAAAUGAUGUCUUGCAAGAGAUUCUUGAUCAAGCUCUUGCAUGCAGAGGCUGCUUGUCCGAGAUAGUCGAUUCUUCAUUAGCUUUCUUUGAGAAAGAUGUCUCAUCCAUCUCUGGGAAAUUGACUAUUGCUUUGAAGGCCCUAGAUGUUGCUGGGGUUUGCGAUUCGCUUGCUGUCCACAAGUUUGAUCAGGCACUUGCCCGAAAUUCUUGGAGAAUUAGAGCUUUUAAAUUGGUUGAGAACUCACAGAAACCUGGAAUGCAACAAGUCCAGCGCCAUUUAAAAGAGGGCUCAGCUAUUAAUGUACCUCCAGAAGAUUACUUCAGACAGAAGCUUGUAGAGGCAAAGCAAGCUGGAAUCCAGUGGGCAGAAAGGGCCAAGAAGGCUGGUAGCGAUAAUGGGGAUUUAGAGCUGGUAAAAGUAUUUGAGCUCAUUGCUGAAGGCAAGAAUUUGCGCAUCCACUUUGAGAAGGAGCUUAAGCUAUUGCAAGCUAGAAGUGUGCUUUACUGCAUCUGUCGAAGACCUUAUGAUCAGAGGCCAAUGAUCGCGUGUGAUGAAUGUGAUGAGUGGUAUCAUUUCGAUUGUGUCAAUUUAGUGUCCCCACCAGAUGUCUACAUAUGUCCAGCCUGUAAACCUCAGAUGGAAGGGAAGGUGCCUGAGUCCCCGUCUAUUAAACGAGAGAGAUCUCAGAGUGCCAAAGACAGUGAGCCACAAACGCCUUCUCCGCGACAUGUAGAGUCAAGAUGGAGGCCAAAGAAGCGGAAACCUUCGACUAAGCGGAUCAUAGCUGCCGAUAGUAGUAGGAGUCUAUUGUGUUCUAGUGGAUUUGAUAGGUUAUUGUGGAGAAAUAGGAAACCAUCUAGAAGAACGGUCAAGAAAAGGACCGAGUUAGGAAGCCUCUCUCCAUUCUUUCUUUUACAUCAAUAGAGUAGUUUCAAAUUAUCAAAUGUGUUCAAUUCGUUCAUUUUUUUUCUUCGCCAGUGCAGUAAUUCAUGCUGGUCAAGUAGGUAAUAAAAUGGGGGAAAAGAAUUUACUUUUCCUAUUAAUGUUCC